UCAUUUACCAUCCACUAUUGCAAAGAAAACUACAACAUCCUUCGAAACCAGUAAAGUCUUUCGAUGAACAUAUUCUUCAUCCAAUAAACUCGAGUCUUUUCUUCCAAUUAAUAGGAAUAGCAUAGCAUAGCCUAGCCAUACCUAAUAUCCAUACCUAUAUUCAUACCGAUACCCAUACCGAUACCGAUACCCAUAACAUCCGAUACUUUUUAUCAUGUGAGUAAAUUUUUUAAUAACCCAAAUAUUCCAUUUCGAGGGUUGGAAUCAUAGCUAACCUCCAUUCAGAGCUCCCAUACUCACUCGAACUUCCUCAACCUCUUCUUCCAUAAAGAAUCACAAAGGUUCCUGCUUCAAACCCCACAUAAAUCUACAUUAUUUCACAUACUUCCCUCAAAUCCAUUCUUCCAUCACCCACCACGAAACUCUCUAUUCCAAACACAAAUCAACCCAUUUCAUCUCAUACCGUCUCUUGUAACUCAACAAGAUAAACAUUCAAUUCGCAAGAAACUUGUCAACAGAACAAAGACUCCUUCCAUUCCAACAGAUCACCUCUGAAAUCAGGAAAUUAAGCUUUUUCUUGACAUCGCGACAUCCCAUCACUACCUCGUGGAAGAGAAUCAAUUUUGGACAGGUGAGCAGCAUCUUGAAGGAAUAUCAAAAAAUCCAUUGGAAAAACAAUACUGUAAGUAAAAAAAAAUCAGAACAUUACAUGCAAAUGUUAAUAGUAUCCUAGAACAAUCAAGCCUAUCUUUACCAAACAUUCACAAUGAGCCGAAAUCUUCCCUCCGUGGCCAAUGAAUGCCCCUACUACCCACAAACAAACAUGUUGGUUGACCAACAUCUAAUCAACAUGAACAUAAGAGAACAUGAAUUCUUUUACAAUGUAGAAGAGGAUUCAGCCAAUGAGGAGAACCCGAUUAAUGAAGAGAAUUCAAUCAUUGAAGAGGAAUCAUCCAAUGAAGAGAGUUCAGAUGAGGAAGUGGAAUGCCAGGCAUGCCAUGGAAAUAUCAAUACAGUUUCGGAAGUGGCUGUAUUACACCCAUGCAACCAUGCCUUCCACUUUUCUCGGUGCAUAAAAAAUCGGUUCAGAAAGAACUCUAAGUGUCCUGUUUGCGGAAAAGAGGCUGUGAAGCUCCGCCGUAUGAGUUCCAGAGAGGGGAUCUUCCAUGACCUGCUACCACCUGUAGUCAAGAAGCAGCCAGUAAAUGAAUUCUUGUCCUCGAACUUGUUUUCGCCAUCCUCAAAGGGUUAUUUUUCCAGUAGCUUUUCCUUUCCAGCAGCAAUGCUCGUCGUACGCCGAUACAUAUACACCAAGAGACUUUUCUGCCAAUCCAUUACCACCAGCCAAUACUCUGUAUCCAGCAAAGCCGCCAUGAAAAGCUUCAAGGUCGAUUCUACAACCGAACAUCAGAUCCGUUUAUGGAUACGACGCGAGGUUCAAGCUUUAACAUACUCUGAUCGGAAUUUUCAUCACCUACUUACCCGAACGCCGAUUGAAAAAACUUACUUCGAGUUUUGUGUUGUAACUUCACUGACGUUGGAGAGGGGGGAAAGGAAAGCUACGUUGCAGGGGUUAGAAUUGUUUUUGGGGACACAUACGGAUGUAUUUUUGCAUGAGCUUGGAGCGUUCUUGAUAAGCGGUUAUGAGACGUUGGAAGAAUGGGACAGCAGUGUGAGAUAUCCUUUUGAACAGCCAGGAAUGCCCACUGGAACAAGUUCCAUGCAAUCAACUUCCACCCAGACAAUACCCACCCAGGCGACUACCAACCAAGCAACUCCCAUCCAAGCAACUACAAUCCAAGCAACCGCCACGCAAGCUCCGAUACAAGCAGCGCCUAGAGUACGACCUAGGCUACAUCGGUCUUCAGGAUUAUUGUUUAGAUAUGGAUACCAAAGGUCUGAAAGUGUCCCAAGCUCGAGCAUGGAACCUUUACAAACUAUUAGCAGCAUAUCUCAAGAGAAUGUACAACAGACUGCUGAGGAGUCAUCGGACCAGGAUAACCCACACAAUACUGAAUCCUCGCUUGGCUCGGAAUUACCACAAGUCCCUAGAGGUACCUUUGACACUGUUGCAGAGGACGAGGAUACUCUCAACACAGAUCCGCGUCAAUUUCAUGAUGAGUGAUCUGACUCAAAAGUGCCACAGGUUAUUGUGAACUCACCUGCUGCAGAGUCACCACAAACUCUAGGAGAAUCAUUCGUUGCUGAUGCGCCAAGGAAUGCUGAGGAGAUAAUUGCAGCAGCUCUACGGAUAUGCAUCAGGAUGUUGGGUCCACAGGAUUUUUUGAUAUAACCUCUACUGAUAAUACUCGACAAGGUGGACAAGAUGGGCAAGGUGGAUAAGGUGGAAGUUUUGGAAAACCAGUAUCCUUUUACAGACGCCAGCAAGAAUUAAUGCGCCGGUUCCGUAAAUUUCUCCCUCAAGCCUAUUCAACGUAGGACUCACUUACAGCCAAGUCAUCGAGCAAGCGUUUUUUUGGAGUCACGGACAGAGAGCUAUAAGCUAACCAGAAAAAACAUUUACGUAAGUGGCCACCUGCCCUGAAUUGGAAUGUUGUCCGAGUAAACUAACUUAUUUUUGCUUUAGUAGAAUGAAAUAAGGAGGAAUAAAGACACUAGAAGGAAUUAUGACUGAUAAAUAAGGAAAGAAUGAAUGAUGAAUUUUGAACUUUGGGGGAAAAGCUCAUUUUAGAAAUAAGCAUAUAGAUACCCUUUUCCGGUUUGAUAAUUUGUGUAAUAUUCCCAUACUUGAAUUUCUGGUAUACAAUUUAAUCUUCUUAGCAAGCGCAACCCAAAUUGCUUGAUCC